GAAGGACACGUGCGUAACGGCGAUUCGUCUCUUUCGUACCCAGAUGCCCAGCGGCCUUGGAAUGACCGCAGCCCCAGGAAAGCCUGCCCAGUACCGGCACCCGGUCAGACUAUUAUGGCCAAAAGCAAAAUGUUAUGAUUACUUAUAUGAAGAAGCAGAAACUCUUCUGAAAAAUUUUCCAAUUCAAGCCACAAUUUCAUUUUAUGAAGAUUCUGAUAGUGAAGAUGAAAUUCAAGAGCUGACCUGUGAAAAUUAA